AUGGGGAAUCGGCUACUGCGCCUGGACUGCAGCGGGCUGGUCCUCCUGUACAUUUUCCUGAGGACGCUACAGGAAUCUGGGGCAGGGCACAUCCGAUACUCGGUGCCCGAAGAGACAGACAAAGGCUUCUUCGUGGGCAAUAUUUCCAAGGACCUGGGGCUGGAACCCUGGGAGCUGGCGGAACACGGAGUCCGCAUCAUCUCCAGAGAUAGGAUGCAGCUUUUCGCUCUGAAUCCGCGAAGUGGCAGCUUGAUCACUGCAGGUAGGUUAGACCGGGAAGAGCUCUGUGAGACACUGUCUUCCUGUUUUUUAAAUAUAGAGAUACUUGUGGAAGAUACCCUGAAGAUUUACGGAGUGGAGGUGGAAAUAAUGGAUGUUAAUGAUAACGCCCCCAGCUUCCAGGAGGCGGAAAUAGAGAUAAAAGUCAGUGAGCACGCAACUCCGGGAUCCAGAUUUCCCCUUCCUAGCGCUAGGGAUCCAGAUGUAGGAAUGAACUCCCUCCAGAGCUACCAGCUCAAUCCUAAUAGUUACUUUUCCUUACAAAUGCGAGGUGGAACGGAUGGGGCCAAGAAUCCCGAACUAGUGCUGGAGGGGAGUCUGGACCGGGAGAAAGAGGCUGCUCACCGCCUCCUCCUCACAGCCUUCGAUGGAGGAGAUCCCAUCCAACAGGGUGCUGUUGCCAUUCGUGUGGUGGUCCUCGAUGUAAAUGACAAUGUACCAAAGUUUACACAGUCUGUAUAUCAAGUUAGUAUUCCUGAGAAUCUCAGCUCUGGAACUCGGGUGCUCAUGGUAAAUGCAACUGAUCCAGAUGAGGGAAUCAAUGGGGAAGUGGUGUAUUCAUUCCAGAAUAUGGAAAGCAAAAUUUCUGAAAUAUUCCAGUUAGAUUCUAAAACUGGAGAAGUCUUAAUACGAGGGUCUCUGGAUUUUGAGAAAUAUAGAUUCUAUGAGAUGGAAAUUCAAGGCCAAGAUGGUGGAGGUCUCUCCACCACUGCUAAGUUGUUGAUCACGGUUGUGGAUGUCAAUGAUAAUGCUCCAGAAAUAACUAUCACAUCUUCUACUAAUUCAGUUCUGGAAAACUCUCCUCCUGGUACAGUUAUUGCUCUUCUAAAUGUGCAAGAUCAAGACUCUGGGGAAAAUGGUCAAGUCUCAUGUUUUGUUCCUAACAGUCUGCCUUUUAAGUUGGAAAAGACUUACGGAAAUUAUUACAAGUUGGUAACAACCAGAAUGCUGGACAGGGAGCAGGUCCACAGCUAUAAUAUAACCUUGAUAGCCACAGAUCAGGGAUUCCCGCCUUUGUCUACAGAAACUCACAUUUCACUAAAUGUAGCAGAUGACAAUGAUAAUCCUCCAACUUUUGCUGACUCAUCUUACUCCGUCUACAUACCUGAAAACAACGCCAGAGGAGCCUCCUUCUUCUCAGUGAUGGCGAUCGAUCUGGACAGCAAUGAGAACUCCCAGAUCACUUAUUCCUUGGUGGAAGAUACCCUCCAGGGAGAACCUUUAUCCUCCUACAUCUCCAUCAACUCAGACACUGGUACCCUGUACGCACUGCGCUCCUUUGACUAUGAACAGUUCCGUGACCUGCAACUGUGGGUGACAGCGCAGGACAGCGGGAAGCCGCCACUCAGCAGCAAUGUGUCUGUCAGCAUAUUCGUGCUGGACCAGAAUGACAACGUGCCAGAGAUCCUGUACCCCACCAUCCCCACCGAUGGUUCCACUGGUGUAGAGCUGGCACCCCGCUCCGCAGAGCCCGGCUACCUGGUCACCAAGGUGGUGGCGGUGGACAGAGACUCGGGCCAGAACGCCUGGCUGUCCUACCGCCUGCUCAAGGCGAGCGAGCCAGGGCUCUUCGCGGUGGGGCUGCACACGGGCGAGGUGCGCACGGCGCGGGCCCUGCUGGACAGAGACGCGCUCAAGCAGAGCCUGGUGGUGGCGGUGCAGGACCACGGC